AUGCUCGCGAUGCGCUUCUUUGUCGCUUUUGCAGCGCUCUCGUUUCGACCACAUUUGGAUCGAAAAUCUGUCUUCCGUCCACCUGCAUUCCUCAGGCGAUCGAUGCUGACUUCACCUUCGCUCGAUGUAGUCUCCAAUGCCGUAUCAACAGCAGACUUUGUCAAGAUCAAGCAGUGGCUGCUAGACUUCACUUCACAGCUUACUCUGUCCGACUAUGACACACAGGUGGGCCAGUGA